AUGGAAAUCUUUGAUUAUUUGGAAGAAAACCCCAACAAGUCUUAUAAGUUACUAGAUGUAGGAAGCUGUUAUAAUCCUUUUAAAAAAUUUCAAUGUUUUGACACUCUGGCUAUAGACAUUGCGCCUGCAGUUGAAGAUGUUGUUAAAUGUGACUUCCUCGACUUGAAAGUUGAUGAAAAACUAAGUAUAUCUAACACAAAAUGCAUUUUAGAACUUCCAAAGUGCUCGUUCAACAUAGUAAUUUUCAGUUUGUAUCUAGAAUACUUGCCAACUCCAAAGCAGAGGCUUGACAGUUGCUUGAAAGCAUACAAGCUACUAAAGACUGAGGGACUUCUAGUAAUUAUAAGCCCAGAUUCAAACCAUGUAGGAGCAAAUGCUAAAAUAAUGAAGUCUUGGAGAACAUGCUUAGCUAAAGUAGGAUUCUCAAGGGUAAAAUAUGAAAAAUUAACCCAUCUACACUGUAUGGCAUUUCGGAAAUCAUAUCUUAAAGAAAUUCCCUUGAGAUGGGUACAGAUUUAUCCUAAUUUAGAUGUCUAUGAUGAAAUGUUCAUACCUCAAGAUUUUAAAAAAUUAGGUGAAAGCAGUCAUAAAAGUGAACCUUAUGAAAUAGAGUUUAACAAGGAGCUACCAUUGCAAAUGUGA